UUUAAUUAUUAUACAACACAUACCAGUUAUUUUUCUAAUCGAAAUAUACAUAAGCGUUAUUUCUUAUUUUAGUACUUGUGUGACUUGUAAAUGUUUUUUGAGAGGUUUAUUAAAAGUUCAUGCGCUGAGGGACCGCAGGAGGUAUUCCGGAAUGUAUCCUGUCAGCUGACGGCAAGGCGUGUCACAUGACACAGAAGUUCGGUCGCAAAGCAAGUGCGGAAAGCAGCUGGACGCCGUGCUCCGGGAAUGAAAGUUGGCGAGGAAAGAAAAAUCUGAGGACACGUCCAUCUGGUUACAUAUAACUGUUUUUAUAGUUUGAAUGCGCUUACUUCCAUGGACUAUGUCCCACAAUAAAUGAUAUAAGAAAUCGUUGAGCUGUGCUCAAAGUAUUUGUUGGUCCAGCCUGGGAAAGAUGCCGUCUAACAAGUCUGUGUCUGAAGAGCCGAUCACACAGUUCGUUAACUGCAGAAUCCUGAAGGACCACCAGCUACAGAGGGAGGACCUGUGGGUUCGAGAAGGGAAAAUCCUAAAUCCAGAAAAGCUGUUCUUUGAUGAGGAAGGCUAUGCAGAUCACCAGGUGGACUGUGAGAGCAAAAUACUUGCUCCAGGUUUCAUUGAUGUUCAGAUCAAUGGUGGGUAUGGAGUUGAUUUCUCACAAGGAUGUGAUGUUCGUGGCGGUGUGGCCUUGGUGUCCAAGCGGCUCUUGGAGCAUGGUGUGACUUCCUUCUGCCCCACACUGGUGACCUCCCCACCUCACAUCUACCACAAGGUCCUCCCAGAGAUGGAAGUUCAUGAUGGAGGAGCUGAAGGAGCAGGGGUUUUGGGAGUUCACCUGGAAGGCCCGUUCAUCAGCAGAGAGAAGCGGGGAGCCCAUCCGGAGCACUGCUUACGCAGCUUUCAGCAGGGGAGUCUGACAGACUUACUAGAGGUCUACGGCAGCCUGGACAAUGUGUCCAUUGUCACGCUGGCACCAGAGCUUCCGGGCAGCCCGACUGUAAUCCAAGAAUUGGUGAAGAUGGGGGUGACUGUGUCUCUUGGGCAUUCAGUGGCAGAUCUGUCCCAGGCAGAACAGGCUGUCCAGCAGGGGGCAACCUUCAUCACACACCUCUUCAAUGCCAUGCUUCCGUUCCAUCAUCGGGAUCCUGGCAUUGUGGGGCUGUUGACAAGUGAUCAACUUCCACCAAAUUGCACAGUUUUUUACGGGAUGAUUGCGGAUGGCAUUCACACGAAUCCUGCCGCCCUUCGAAUAGCCCAUCGUGCUCACCCUUCAGGCUUGGUGCUGGUGACAGAUGCCAUCACAGCCAUGGGGUUGCCCCCAGGACAUCACACCCUCGGCCAGCAGCACAUCCAGAUCGACGGGCUGCAUGCUUAUGUGGCAGGCACCAACACCCUGUGUGGGAGCAUCGCCACCAUGGAUAUGUGUGUCAGACACUUCCGAAAGGCCUCUGGAUGCUCAGUGGAAGCUGCACUGGAGGCUGCCUCUCUGCAUCCAGCCCAGCUGCUGGGGAUCAGUCAACAUAAAGGGACCCUGGACUAUGGCUCAGAUGCAGACUUUGUCCUACUGGACGAUUCCUUGCAUGUGAAAGCUACCUACAUAGGUGGAGAAGAGGUUUGGCGGAAGUGAUGUCAUUUCCUGUCUACCGUGAUGACCACAGCAGCUCUGCAGUCCAGCUGAAUGAGCUCAGCUUGUUGUGGUGCCGCUCCUCUCCGUAAAGCAGGACACAGGGAACAUGUUGUCACACAGGAACCUCCAAAGCCCACAGAACAGUGUCUUCAAAGAGGCAGCCACUGUAAAUCCUGAUACAGCUCCUCUUUAAAAGCACGCCUUGUUUAUCUGCAUUUCACUUUGAAUGUGUCCCUUGUUAGAGCUGAUUCCUGUCCAGCCCUGGUGAUGAAUGUCUUCACAUCAUGGUGUCUCCACACAGUCUUCACAAAGAAUGGAAAAUAGUCUCUCUCUCUCCAUCUGGGUUAUCUGGAGUAGUGACAUUUUGUAGCUAUACCUGAUUUUGUAGCUAUGCCUUAUAUUCUAAAUGUGAAUAAUGUGCCACCAUAAAUUCUGUAAUUCAUAAAAAAAUUUCAGUAUUCAGAUUAUAAUACAUCCAAACAAA